GGUUAAUAACGGAAGGCGUGUGUUGGACGUUUGUCUGUGAUGGGCAGAACCCAGACAAAGCAAAGACAACUCAGGAUGCCUUAUGCACGGGAAGACCCGCGUAUGCUCGGGCCAGUUGAGAAAGAGGGGGGGCUCGAGGUGUCUAUACCCAGGCGAGUCAGAGCAGGAGAGUACUUCUCGUCAUUGUGGGACAUGUUGAUGGGCACGGACAUCCUUGCCUGGAUCGAGUAUGGGUUUGAUGACGAGCAGGAGUGUGCGAUUGUAAGGGUGACGCUGUACGCCUCGCCCUCAUUCUGGAUCGAGCAUGGGAUAGAGUUGGCGCUUGGGCAUGGGAGCCUGCUUGCUAAGCCUUUGAGGGUAGCCGAGGCAGCUGCAACGAAGUGGGCGAGGGAAGUGUCCCGUGAUGGGGAAGAGCGAGUGCUAACCCGCGUAAGGGUCAAGCGCGUUGGAGAACUCAGGCUUCCAUCUGCUCCGCUGCGAGUAAUCCUGCCUGAGUUUCUAAUAGAGAAGAGUUUUGGUGGGCAGGCGAGGGUAGAGGCAGCAGUUGAAGCUGCUCUGAGGGCGCGAGAUUGGGAGUAUGAGCGAUACACGUGUGAACUGAUGUAUGGUCUAUACCUAGACCUGAGAUUCCUGCCUUCCAGUCAGUGGCUCAGGGACACGGCCAAUGCACUGGACGUAUACGCCUCUUCUCAUGAUCCGAAUGAGGGAGAGGUGGACUGGGAUGAGAUUUGGGCAGCGGUGGGCCGAUAGGGAAAGUCUUCCCUUUCUACUAAAGGCGAUCCUUUUGAUUUGGUGUGGUCGCCUCUCUGCCCAUUACCGUAGUUAUGAAGGUAAACGUC